GUGAUAGUCUCACAAAGGCUUGCUGAUUACGGGUGAUGAUUAUUUUGCGGUCUUUCGCAUGUUCACUCCGUAUCAUUUCACAAUAGUUUCCUCAGAAGUAAUCACAUGACUCACUUGAAAGUAAUCAAAAUAGACAAACAUGAGAUGACAUGAACAAGGCGACAUUGUCACUGUGCGCGUGUUACAAUACGGAAGAUAGUGUGUAGUUUGUUAGCGUGUGCACUGUAUGCGAAAGGUUUACGGAGAAUAACAUGUGGGCAUUGAUUUGUACAUUAUGUAUGUGGACGAUGGCUGGUCAAACGGCAGCGACAUACAUGCGUCUGGUUGGGGGUCCAUCAUCCUAUGAAGGCCGUGUAGAGGUGUAUUUCAACGGGACCUGGGGUACCGUUUGCGAUGACGAUUUUGACAACAAGAGCGCAGCUGUCGUCUGCAACAUGCUCAAUCUUCCGAGUUCCGGAGCCCAACAUAGGGAUGGUGCCUAUUACGGUCAGGGUACUGGCACCAUAUGGCUGGACGAUGUUCGGUGCCUUGGAAAUGAAAACGAUAUAGACCGGUGUCCACACAGUGCUUGGGGAACCCACAACUGUCGUCACGGCGAAGAUGUGGUCGUCGUUUGCGCUCAUGCUGCGACACCCGUGCGUCUGGUCGGGGGUCCAGCAGCCAAUGAAGGCCGAGUUGAAGUGUUUUACCAGGGGGUUUGGGGAAGCGUGUGCGAUGACCUUUUUGACACGAAGAGCGCAGCUGUCGUCUGCAACAUGCUCAACAUGACCAGUUCCAGAGCCCAGCCAAAACCAGGUGCAUACUACGGCCCCGGCACCACCACGAUCUGGUUAGACGAUGUCCGGUGCAAUGGCAAUGAGACCAAUAUCGACAUUUGUCAACACAACGCGUGGGGAACAAACAACUGUUGUGGAGCAUGGAAUAGUGAUUCUAGUUCGGUAAACUAUCAAACUAUAAAAUACAAAAACGGGACCACGUUCGGCGCAGAGGCUGUUAUGACGUGCUACUCGGGUUACCAUGUCGUCAACAAAACUAACACAAGUUCUGAAUCAGCGAUAUGUACAGGGAAUGGUACAUGGAGUACACCUACAUAUUCAGCGUGUGUUCAUACAAUUGUGGAGGUUGGUACAGUGAUUCUAAUUCGGAUUACCAUCAUCAAAUAA